AUGGCACCUCAAGCGAAGAUUGACCGUUCGUUUGGUGCUCUGACGCCUGCACUGUCCGAAUGGAUUCUCGAAGCCGUGAAUGCCAUGGGCUUUGUCAAGACCACGCCUGUGCAGCAUGCUGCUAUCCCAAUGUUCAUGAAGAACUCGGAUGUUGUCGUUGAGGCCGUCACUGGGAGUGGAAAGACUCUUGCGUUCUUGAUACCCAUCGUUGAACGUCUACUUCGACUUGAUGCGCCUAUGAAGAAGCAUCACGUGGGUGCAAUCAUUAUAUCGCCCACAAGGGAGCUCGCAACGCAAAUCCAUACGGUCCUCUGUUCCCUGCUCAAGUUCCAUGCCGCUUCGGCAGCCAUGCUGGAGCCAGAAGAUGAAGACACGGACAUGGAAGACGCAGAUGCACCACCUAGGCCAACCUUCCCCUCUGGAACUCUCAAAGUCGUACCUCAACUUCUCCUAGGUGGAUCAGUCACACCUGCCCAGGACCUCAGCAGGUUUCUCAAGACAUCAGUCAAUGUGCUCAUUGGUACGCCAGGCAGACUUUUGGAGUUGCUUUCCUCGCCGCAUGUCCACUGUUCGCAGUCGUCCUUCGAUGCGCUAGUACUCGACGAAGCGGACCGCCUCUUAGAUCUCGGUUUCAAAGAUGAUCUUCAACGGAUCCUAUCUCGUUUGCCAAAGCAACGACGAACCGGUUUAUUCAGCGCAAGUGUAAGCGAGGCCGUAGAUCAGCUCAUUCGCGUUGGCCUCAGGAACCCAGUCCGUAUUGCAGUCAAAGUCAAAACAAGAGCCGCACCCAACGGGAUGACAGGAGAAGCGGGCGUGAUGGAGGACAAGCGGACACCGGCCAGUCUGCAGAUGUCAUAUCUCGUCCUGCCAGCGUCACAUAAGCUGCCCGCUAUCAAGAAGGUUCUCUCAUCAUUACAGCCGCAGCCACAGAAGUCGAUCCUCUACCUUGCGACCUGCUUCUCUGUCGACUAUUUUCAGCAUGUCUUACCGGAAGUACUCAAAGGAUAUACGAUUGUGCCGCUGCACGGAAAACAUCCGGAUAAAGUUCGACGCAGGAAUUUCAUUAAAUUUGUCGAGAGCGUAACGCCCUCCAUUCUUCUCACCACUGAUGUCGCUGCUCGAGGGCUUGAUAUUCCUUCAGUAGACCUGGUUUUACAACUCGACGCCCCGAGCGAUCCGAAGACAUUCAUACACCGCUGCGGCCGCGCUGGACGAGCUGGCCGCAAAGGCCUGGCAAUCACAUUUCUAACCCCAGGCCGAGAAGAAGACUAUGUUGAGUUUCUCCGCGUUAGACAGACGCCCAUAUCGCCUUUGACAUCUCUCGACAUCACAGUCAGGCCCGAGGAUGCCCAAGCAAUUAGCGAGAAGAUAAGGAAAGGAGUCAGAGCAGAUAGAGCACUUUUCGACAAGGCGCAACGUGGUUUUGUGUCAUGGGUCCGCGCAUACAGCAAGCACAACGCCAGCUCCAUCUUCCGUGUCACAGACCUUGAUUGGGCGGAGUUAGGCCACGCUUGGGGGCUUCUCAAGUUACCCAGCAUGCCUGAGCUUAAGAAAUGGGAAGGUGACCGAAGCCUUGGCGUCACUAUGGACUUCAACACCUUCGCGUACAAAGACAAGGCGCGAGAGCAGCAGCGACUAGUAGAGCAAGCUGAAUAUGAGGCGACUAAGACGGGGACGAAGAAGAGAUAUGUUACCGAGAACAAGAAGGAGUCAGCUUGGACACAGCAAAAGGAUCAGAAAGCUACCAAGGAACUAAGAAGAGAAAAGAAGGCGGCAAAACGUGAACACGACCGCGUAGAAAAGUUGACAGACGAGGAGAGAAAGGAAGAAGAGAGGCUAAAUGGUAUGAUCGGGGAAAUGCGAAAGAAGGUGGCAGAAAAAGAAGCGCAAGAGGCUGCAGAUGAAUUCGAAGGAUUUAGCGACUAA